AUCACCCGGAGCCGUUCUCACUCUUAAAACCCUCUUUUCCUCUUACAAUAAAACCUCAUCCAUCUCCUUCCAUUUCCAAUUCACCGGCGAGCUGCACCGACCUGUUCUACCAAUCUUAUCCUUUCCGAAUCUCUCUUCUUUGCAUUUUAGGCGAUGGCAGCCACUUUCAAUACAGUGUCGACAUUUGGCUCUUUGGCUGCCAGUGGCCUUGCGGCAGACAAUAAAUUCGUAUCCUCUUCUGGGAAGUUAUCCCAAUUCUCUUCUUUAGCUUCUAUUUCUUCCCAUCCUCUCAGUGGCAGAAGGAAGAAGCUGAAUUUGCAGAAGAGAUGUAACACUGACAUCAGUGCUAUGGCUAAGGAGUUAUAUUUCAACAAGGAUGGGUCAGCUAUUAAGAAGUUACAAACUGGUGUCAACAAGCUUGCGGAUCUUGUUGGAGUUACUCUUGGCCCAAAGGGUAGGAAUGUUGUUCUGGAGAGCAAGUAUGGAUCGCCUAAGAUUGUAAAUGAUGGUGUUACAGUGGCAAAGGAGGUUGAGUUGGAAGACCCGGUUGAAAACAUUGGUGCUAAGCUGGUCAGGCAAGCUGCUUCUAAAACUAAUGACCUUGCUGGUGAUGGUACCACAACUUCUGUAGUCCUGGCUCAAGGUUUAAUUGCUGAAGGCGUUAAGGUGGUUGCAGCAGGUGCCAAUCCUGUUCAAAUCACUAGAGGAAUAGAAAAAACUUCAAAAGCUCUAGUAUCUGAACUCAAACUAAUCUCCAAAGAGGUUGAAGACAGUGAACUUGCUGAUGUUGCUGCAGUGAGUGCUGGAAACAACUAUGAAAUUGGAAACAUGAUAGCUGAGGCUAUGAGCAAAGUGGGAAGGAAGGGUGUGGUGACACUUGAAGAGGGCAAAAGUGCAGAGAAUAGCCUCUAUGUUGUGGAAGGAAUGCAAUUUGAUCGUGGCUAUAUCUCUCCUUAUUUUGUAACGGACAGUGAGAAGAUGUCUGUUGAAUAUGAGAAUUGCAAGCUGCUUCUUGUUGACAAGAAAGUUACAAAUGCAAGAGAUUUGAUCAAUGUCCUCGAGGAUGCAAUUAGAGGGGGAUAUCCUAUCGUUAUAAUUGCAGAAGAUAUUGAACAGGAAGCUCUGGCAACUCUCGUUGUAAACAAGCUAAGAGGUGCUUUGAAGAUUGCUGCUCUAAAAGCUCCUGGAUUUGGAGAGCGCAAAAGUCAAUACCUUGAUGACAUUGCAAUCCUUACUGGAGCAACUGUCAUAAGAGAUGAGGUUGGCCUUACACUGGAUAAAGCUGAAAAAGAGGUGUUGGGUACUGCUGCAAAGGUUGUGCUAACCAAAGAUUCAACGACCAUAGUAGGUGAUGGGAGCACACAGGAAGCAGUAAAUAAGCGAGUUUCACAAAUUAGAAACUUGAUUGAGGUAGCUGAACAGGAUUAUGAGAAAGAGAAACUGAACGAGAGGAUUGCCAAACUUUCUGGUGGUGUUGCGGUCAUUCAGGUUGGAGCACAAACAGAGACGGAGCUCAAAGAGAAGAAGUUGAGAGUUGAAGAUGCCCUGAAUGCGACUAAGGCUGCAGUUGAGGAAGGUAUUGUUGUUGGUGGUGGCUGUACCCUCCUGAGGCUAGCUUCAAAGGUUGACGCAAUUAAGGAAACUCUUGAAAAUGAAGAGCAGAAGGUUGGAGCAGAUAUUGUUAAGAGAGCCCUGAGCUAUCCUAUUAAAUUGAUUGCAAAAAAUGCUGGUGUGAAUGGAAGUGUUGUGGUUGAGAAAGUGCUUUCUAACGACAAUCCCAAGUAUGGCUACAAUGCUGCUACCGGAAAGUAUGAGGAUUUGAUGGCUGCAGGAAUUAUUGAUCCCACUAAGGUUGUGAGGUGCUGCUUGGAACAUGCAUCAUCCGUCGCAAAGACAUUCCUGACCUCCGACGUGGUGGUGGUCGACAUCAAGGAGCCCGAGCCAGCUCCGGCCGGCAACCCAAUGGACAAUUCAGGUUAUGGCUACUAAAUGAGAUAAGAAAUGGAGAUUUCAGAGUUGGAAUGAUGAUCUGAAUCUCAUUUCAUUCGGCGUCAUGGUAUUAUUAUUCUUCUUAGUUUUUGUUAGUUUAGAUUAAGUCUUAUUAGUUGAAAAAAUAUAUGAAGAGAUCGAGUCUGGUUGAAAUAGCUCUUGAAAAAGUUCACCGCAGCUGCAACAUGUUCUUGGCUUCUACAGCUAUUGGUAUCAUAUUUUAGCUAGCCCUGUAAUUCUAUAUGGAUUAUAAGAUUAUUGAUGUUGAAAUGAGUAGUGGAGGUGUUGUGAACAUAUAAUUUGUAUUUUGAUGAAUUUUUAUUUUAUUGGAUGUAAACUUUGGCUUCAUAUUUGGAACAA